AUGAUGAAACAUUUUGGAAAUUUGGAAGAUUCAAAAAACCUUAAUAAGGAUGAGGUUGUUGAUGUUGACGAUGAGAGGAGAAAGAGGCUGUUGAAGAAGAGGCAGAAACGUCGAGAAGGGAGAACGGUCGAGAACUGUAACACCGCCUGGGUAAGAGGCAGUGGUGAGGUUGUCCCCUGCUCUGGGUACACGGGUAAGAUGCAAGGGUUGCGGCGUUGUCCCACUUGCUCCGUAUUUGAUGUUCUGUCCAAUGGGGGUUUGGCAAUGGCAUGGAGGGAUGGUUGCACUGUUCAGAUUUUACAGCAUAGUAGAUUUUUCAUUGCGGCAUCAGUUCUGACAGCUGGUUCUAAUGAUCCCUAUGGUGUUCUAGGUGUUUAUCUCAGUUCAAAUGAUCAACAUAGAAUGACUCAAUUUGCUGAAUUAACUUCAGUCACCCAACAGUUCGAUGGUAAGUGCAAGGUUGCUUGGCACCAUGGAAUCAGGUGCAAGGAGUUUCAGGGCAGUAAUGGGGAUGUUAUGAUGAUGGGGUUGGCGAAGGAGAAGAGUUGGCAGAGGUGUCCUAAUUGCAAGUUAUACGUUGAGAAAAAUGGUGGGUGCAAAUCCAUGUUUUGUAGGUGUGGAGAGAAUUUCUGUUACAUAUGUGGAAUUAGUCUUCGUCCCCAUAAUAAAUGCUCUUGUAGAAGUGAAUAG